AAAAUACGGGAAAAACAGGAGGUGCCAGGAAAGAAUGUCAACAUACGGAAGUUUCCAGGGGAAAACAGUAGAUUGACAGUUAUAUUCCACAGCACCCAGCCGUAUAAGAAGAAAAGUAAAUACACGUUGCCGUAUCUCGCUACGGAUGUCAGAAAUCAAGCGCCGUAUGCAGAUUACAAGUGUCGUAAAAACGCAUGAGAAACUGGUAAAAUAGCGCGUUGCCGGCGACUUUCGCUUUGUCGGGAGGCUAACGUGUUCAGGUACUACAGUGUGCCAAGGGGACGAUACAACAUCACUCCAGCUAAGAAUCAUGGCAGGAGCUGACGAAUUCUUGAAGUACCGUUCCCCGCUGGUGUCAAGGUAUGCCAGCAAGGAAAUGGCUUACAACUUCAGUGACAAGAAGAAAUUCACAACUUGGAGAAAGCUGUGGAUCUACCUUGCUAAGGCUGAAAAGGCUUUGGGUGUGCCCAUUACAGACGAACAGAUCGUGGAGAUGGAGAGUCACGCCGAGGACAUCGACUUCGCCAUGGCAGCGGAGGAGGAGCGUAAGCUCAGGCAUGACGUCAUGGCUCACGUGCACACCUUCGCGCACUGCUGCCCCGCCGCCGCCCCCAUCAUCCACCUGGGAGCCACCUCCUGCUACGUGGGAGACAACACGGAUCUGAUUAUGCUGCGUGAUGGAUUCGACAUUCUCUUACCCAAGCUAGCCAGAGUCAUCGACAGGCUGGCGAACUUUGCAGAGAAAUAUUCGGACCUUCCCACGCUUGGCUUCACGCACUACCAGCCGGCCCAGUUGACCACGGUCGGGAAGCGAGCGUGCUUGUGGCUGCAGGACUUGGCCAUGGAUAUGAGAAACCUUCAGCGAGCACAUGAUGACCUGCGUUUCCGUGGGGUUAAAGGGACCACCGGCACUCAAGCCAGUUUCCUGCAGCUCUUUCAUGGAGACCAUGACAAGGUAGAAGACCUGGACAGGCUGGUUACUGAGAUGGCCGGCUUCAAAAAAGCUUACCUGGUGACUGGACAAACAUAUAGCCGUAAAGUGGACAUUGACAGUCUGUCCAGCCUUGCCAGUCUAGGAGCCACAGUCCACAAAAUUUGUACCGACAUCCGCCUGCUGGCCAACCUGAAGGAGAUUGAGGAGCCUUUUGAGAAAGAACAGAUUGGUUCUAGUGCCAUGCCGUACAAGAGGAACCCCAUGCGAGCCGAGCGUUGCUGCAGCCUUGCCCGACACCUAGUGGCGCUGAUGACCGACCCGCUGCAGACGGCUUCUGUACAGUGGCUGGAGAGGACGCUGGAUGACAGUGCCAACAGGAGGAUCUCCCUGCCAGAAUCCUUUCUCACCGCUGACAUCAUCCUGAGCACUCUGCAGAACAUCACUGAAGGCCUGGUCGUCUACCCCAAAGUCAUUGAAAGACACAUCCGCCAUGAGCUGCCCUUCAUGGCCACAGAGAACAUCAUCAUGGCCAUGGUGAAGGCUGGAGGCAACAGACAGGACUGCCACGAGAAGAUCCGCGUCCUCUCCCAGCAGGCGGCAGCUGUCGUCAAGCAGGAGGGCGGCGACAACGACCUGCUGGCAAGGGUCCAGGCCGACCCUUACUUCGCUCCCAUUUUGGGACAACUGGAUGCCCUACUGGACCCUAAGACCUUUAUCGGCCGUGCUCCCCAGCAGGUGGCCAGAUUCCUGUCAGAGGAGGUGCGCCCUCUGCUGGAGCCUUACAACUCCAAAAUGGAUGUUAAGAUCGAGCUUGAGCUCUAACGCACUCAAACACCCAGGCUGUGUCUCAAAUGGAAUGCUUCCGUCAGUGCACUUCAGUAUAUGUACUAUGUACGCUUCGUACUGCGUGCCCGUGCAGGGCUGUGCCAAAUCCAUUACGGUCAUGGUGCUCUUCCCGGAAAUGACGACGGCACUGUUCAUCCGUUUCCACUUCUUCUUCUCUCCUUUUUAGUUGUGAAGUGCAACCACUUGAAUUGGCCCCACCUCUUCCUCUAUGCCACCAACAUAGCCACGAUUUGUGGUGGCACCCUCAGCGUUUGGGGCAUUUAGCACCGAGGGCGCACUGCCUUUUGUCCUACUUGUCACACGCACACUUUUGCACUCAAAAUUCCGUGGAAGCGUGCGAUUUGAGACACAAGCCACUCGGAAAAGUAACACAGCGGUUAAGACAACUUGUUAGCUUUUAACAUAAAGAGAAGAUCAUGACUGAGUUGUUUCUCUAGCGAUGCCUGCUGUUUUUAAAUGCAAAUAAAAUAGGGAAUUAUUUUGGUGACGUAAUGGUGUGAACAUGAGAUUCACCAUUAAACUUGAUCAAUAUGACCCCUCGGAGUUGUCUUCUGUCGUGUUUGGAACAAGGACGCGAGGUAUGAUGUUGCUUUCCAAAACGUGGAGUUGUC